AUGGAGACGGGGCAACAACACCACGAGGGAGGGACCUCCAACGAUGACCUUAAAACCUUCAUGAUGAACAUGCAGAGGCAGAUGCAAGAGCAGAUGCAGCAGUUAAAAAGCGAAAUGCAGCAGGGACAACAAAAGUUUGCCCUGGGCGCCAGACAAGCAGAAUGGGAGAACCUGCUCGAGAACCUUGGAAGCGACCACCACAUAAUAAGGAUCAGCACAACCGCAAACAAUAUCAAGCGGAAAAUAGGCAAGGUCCGCCUAACGGACUGGGACGCCUUCAGAGCACACUGCAAGCAGAUCAAGGGCGACAUUGUAUCUGCGGAGGAGUGGAGCCAGCAACUCAGACAGAUCCAAGAACUCUAUACUAAAGAGGUGGAUAGAACCGAACAAACUCCGGAGGUGGACAAGCGGCUCCUCAAGCUAUGGGAGGCGAGACGCGGCCUCACCAAGCAUUGGAAAAGACAGAAGUUCAAUAGGAAGCUAAAGAUUAAAAUAGCCGAAAUAACUAAACAAGCGGAGGAGUAUGCAACGCAGCUGGCUAGGCAAGGAUGGCAGCAAUUCAGCAACGCGCUGAACGGCACCCUCAGCACGGCCAGGACGUGGCAGAUCCUCAAGUCCCUCAUGGACCCGAGCAAGAACAAAUCAGAAAGCGGCAAAUCGAUUCAGAGGCUGGUGCACCAGUACACGGGCACGGACGAACAGCUACUCGAGGAAGUCCGGGUCAAAUGCUACGGCAGAGACCAGGUCGAAAGCUACCAAGAAGAGUACCAGGGCGAAGAGAAUCCCACCAUGGAUCGGCCCAUAACGAGAGAGGAAGUCGUCGAGGCGAUCAGGUCGGCAACAAAAAACACAGCAGCGGGGGCGGACAGAAUCAAGAACUCGCUCAUAAGAAACCUCAGCGAUGGCGCCAUAGAUCAGCUCACAGCCUACUUCAACAAGCUCUGGCACGAAGGAAAAGUGCCGGCCGAGUGGAAACACGCGGUAGUGGUAAUGAUCCCGAAGCCAGGCAAGAAACUCCAGGUCGAGAACCUCAGGCCGAUCUCCCUCACGUCGUGCCUGGGCAAGAUGUACGAGAAAGUAAUCACAAAAAGGAUCCAGUCGCACCUAGAGAGGAACCAACUGUACCCAGACAGCAUGUACGGGUUCAGAGCCCACCUGUCUACGCAGGACGUACUACUCCAACUCAAGGAGGAAGUACUCGAGAAAAUGCCGAGAAGUGGCGAAAACGUUGUCAUGGCCCUCGACAUAAAGGGAGCCUUCGACAACGUGAGCCACGCCGCCAUCAUGGAAGGCAUCAACAACACCAACUGCGGGGGAAGAACCCACGACUACAUCAGGGCCUUCCUGAGCGACAGAACAGCGACCGUGGGACUAGGCGAGCUGAGAAGCGACGUCUUCACCACGCCUUGCAAAGGAACACCCCAAGGCUCCGUGAUAUCGCCCGUCCUGUUCAAUAUGGCGAUGAUCGGGCUAGCAAGACGCCUCAAGGAAAUCCCGGGCAUCCAACACGCGAUGUACGCCGACGACAUCACGGUGUGGGUCACCCAAGGAUCGUUAGGGGAGAAGCAGGACAGACUACAAGAAGCUGCGACCUGCGUAGAGACCUACGUCAGGGAGAGAGGCCUCAGAUGUUCGACGGAGAAGUCGGAAAUCAUCAGGAUCGGAAGAAAUCCUACCAAAGCCUCGCUGGAAGUAGUUCUAGAGGGGCAAUUGAUCCCAGAGCAGAACAUGGUACGAAUCCUAGGCAUGUGGCUGCAGAGCAGCCGAAAAUGCAGCCAUACCAUCAGCCUGCUGAGAAGAGCCGCGGAGCAGGUUGGCAGAAUGAUCAGUAGAGUCUCUCAGAGAAGGUACGGGAUGAAAGAAGAAGAUACCCUCAAACUCGUCAACAGCCUAAUCGUUAGCAGAGUUAUGUACUCCUUGCCCUACCACGCAACAACAAAGGCGGAGCGAGAGCAAGCCGACUGUAUUCUCAGGAAGGCAUACAAGAUUGCUCUACACCUGCCCAGAAACGCAUCAAACGAGAAGCUACUCCAACUCGGAAUCAGCAAUACCUUCGAUGAGCUUGCCGAGGCUCAAUUGGGGGCACAACUCAUCAGACUCAGAGGCUCCUCUACGGGAAGGGCGCUCCUGAGAAGGCUGGGUCGGAACACGUGCGGACUGGUAGACAGAUACGCGGACGUACCGGACGACCUUAGAAAGACCUUUAAUGUAGGACCCCUGCCUAAAAACAUGGAUCCUAACCUACACGAGGACAGACGAACAGCAAGGGCCGAGCAGCUAGAAAGGAGGCUAGGCCGGUCAGAGAACACAGUCUAUACGGACGCCUCCAUGUACGUACAUGCAGGGAAGCGCUUAGCCGCUACGGUGGUAGCUAAUAGCACAGGAGACAUGGCCACAUGCGCCUCAGUGGAGGUCGUGGGCAUAACGGAGGCCGAGGAAAUUGCCGUCGCGCUGGCGGUAGCAGAAGGCUAUAGGAAAGGCCGAUCCCUAAACAUCUUAACAGACUCGAAAGACACGUGUAAAAACUAUACGAAGGGCAGAAUUAGCGGCAUGGCCCUCAGGAUAAUCAGUGGGGCAGCAGCCUCUGCUGAGCAGACACCCAUACAACACAUAAUCUGGGUCCCAGGCCACGCAGGCGUAGCGGGGAACGAAAGAGCAGACAGCCUAGCUCGAGGGCUUACAUACCGAGCAGGCAUGUCAGAUGUUCUGGAGCUUCAGCUACUAGCAUGCGAGGGGGGAUACACAGAGACAUUACAACUAUACAGGGGGACUAGAUUCAAGUACCCACCACCACACAAAGCCCUCACGAGGGAGGAAGCAGUCGGCUGGCGUAGGCUACAAACAAACUCCUUCCCCAACUUGUACAUCUAUAACAAGAUGUCACCAACACAAUACAGAGCAAACUGCCCCUGGUGCGGCGACACACCCACACUAUACCACAUCACAUGGGAGUGCGAACGAAAUAAAGCAUUCCACCAACACGAAUUCCCGAGUGCGGAGCAAUGGGAGAGCCGGCUCACCAGCAGCGAGCUCGCGGCCCAAAGGGCCUUAGUGCGGCACGCUGCUGAUGCAGCGCGACUCAGUGGAGCCCUGGACUAG